CUUAUUUGCCUUCCUGCAACCCUCCAAGCUCUUGUCUCCCAUCCCUCGGGCUCCCUGUGCUCCCCUGAUCAUGUGUCCCUGAGUCCCCUGGAGGGGAUAGGGGGGCCCCAAUGGCCUCCUGCCCUCCAGCCUCUGGAGGCCCCACCGCCCACCUGGAUCAGGGGGUGCCCCCCCGCCCCUCCGUUGCCCUCCACACCCACGAUGGGCAACACCACUCUGGAGGGCUGUCACGUGGACUCGAGGGUGGACCACCUGUUUCCGCCCUCCCUCUACAUCAUUGUCAUGGGCAUCGGGCUGCCCACCAACUGCCUGGCCCUGUGGGCGGCCUACCGCCAGGUCCGCCAGCACAACGAGCUGGGCGUCUACCUGAUGAACCUGAGCAUCGCUGACCUGCUGUACAUCGCCACGCUGCCGCUGUGGGUCGAUUACUUCCUGCACCACGACAACUGGAUUCACGGCCGCGGCUCCUGCAAACUCUUCGGCUUCGUCUUCUACACCAACAUCUACAUCAGCAUCGCCUUCCUCUGCUGCAUCUCCGUGGACCGCUACUUGGCCGUGGCCCACCCCCUGCGCUUCGCCCGCCUGCGGCGCGUCAAGACGGCCGUGGCGGUGAGCUCCGUGGUGUGGGCCACCGAGCUGGGCGCCAACUCGGCCCCGCUCUUCCACGACGAGCUCUUCCGGGACCGCUACAACCACACCUUCUGCUUCGAGAAGUUCCCCAUGGAGGGCUGGGUGGCCUGGAUGAAUCUCUAUCGCAUCUUCAUCGGCUUCCUCUUCCCCUGGUCCCUCAUGCUCUUCUCCUACCGGGGCAUCCUGCGCGCCGUGCGUGGCAGCGUGUCCACCGAGCGCCAGGAGAAGGCCAAGAUCAAGCGGCUGGCCCUCAGCCUCAUCGCCAUCGUGCUCGUGUGCUUCGCGCCCUACCACGUGCUCCUGCUGUCCCGCAGCGCCGUCUACCUGGGCCGUCCCUGGGACUGCGGCUUCGAGGAGAAGGUCUUCGCCGCCUACCACAGCUCGCUGGCCUUCACCAGCCUCAACUGCGUGGCCGACCCCAUCCUCUACUGCUUCGUCAACGAGGGUGCCCGCGGCGACGUGGCCAAGGCCCUGCACAGCCUCCUGCGGUUCCUGGCCAGCGACAAGCCCCAGGAGAUGGCCAACGUCUCCCUGACCCUGGAGACCCCGCUGUCGUCCAAGAGGAACAGUGUGGGCCGCCUGGGCUGGGGAGGGGCUCUGGCCUCCCACUCCCACUCUCGAGGGGAUGAUGUGCAGCUCAAGAUGCUGCCUCCCUCUCAGUGACCCUUCCUGGACCCCAG